AUGUCCAAUCCCACGCAUCAUAAUGAGUCCAACAUAGUCAAUACAAAGCUUAUCAACAGUAGUCUGGACGAUAGCAGCAAUCCUAAUCACUUUGUGAGCGAAACUUGCAUGGAUCUAUUUCUGAUAGAAAUGGUGGACACCAUUUGUCGAACAACUAUUGCUGAAGAAACGGAUGACGGUAACAGUGACGCGAUCUAUUACAAGUUAGAAUCGAUAGGCUAUGCAGUGGGGCAACGCUUAGUGGAACGCUUUACAAAAGAUAGACCACGAUUUGUCGAUACUUUGGAUGUAGUCAAGUUUAUUUGUAAAGAUUUAUGGACCAUCAUGUUUAAGAAACAGAUUGACAAUUUAAAGACAAACCACAGAGAUAACGGAUUUCGUUGGUUCAUGCGGAUGUCAACCGAUAUUGGAGGAGCUGAUUCAGCAAAAAAAGCUAUGCCAUAUGUUUGGUUUCCUUGCGGUCUUAUAAGGGGCGCUCUUGCUAAUUUAGGCGUGCCAACAGUAGUUGUGGCCGAAACAACAAAUCUACCUCAAUGUACAUUCCAAAUCAAGAUUGUAAAGCAACAAUAA